AUGCCCAAAUUUAUUUCUAUUCCCUUGAAGAAGACCAAGCCUGUUGACUGGACAAAUCCUUUGAGUACUUACCUCGGCCGUAUUUACGGGAAAGCCAGUGAUUUCGAACACGAGAUUGCCGCUUUCAACAAGCUAAGGACAGAUCUUAUCCAUUGCGACGAGGACCCAAUUGGCAGAGAUCUAUACUACAGAUAUUAUGGCCAGCUUGAAAUGCUGGAGCUGAGAGUUGCCGUGGACAUACUGGGAAUUGAGUUCUGCUGGUACGACGCCUUUGUCCCUUCCGUCUCCCACAAGCAGCAUUCGCUGGCAUUCGAAAAGGCCAGUGUUUUAUUUAACUUGGCAGGAAUAAUGUCACACUUGGCAGCCACAGCAGAGGACUUGAAAGUCAGCUACGAAUGGUUCCAGAAAGCUAGCGGAGUUUACCAGUACAUCCAGGAGAGCUUUUUGCACGCUCCGUCCGACGACCUUAGUGUCCAAAGCAUGCAGGCCCUUGCAAAGUUAAUGCUUGCACAGGCACAAGAGUCCUUUUUAUUGCGAUACAUCGAAAUCACAGAAGAGCCAAAGCAGUCGCUCUUGGCCCGUUUGGCCAAAUCUACUGCAAAACUGUACGCUUCAGCAUCCGAGCUGAUUCAAAACGUCAAAACCAUGCAGUACAACUGGCACCAAUACACUAAAUUGAAAGAGCUGUAUUAUCUGUCUUACGCAAACUUUCAGCAAUCUCAGCUUCUGAAAAGUUCAAAUAAGUAUGGCCAAGCCAUUGCCUACAUGAAGCUGGCCGAAGAGACGAUAAAAAAGCAUAGCGGAUACAGCUCUUUAUUCGAUCCUGCCUUCAAGGACAAGCUUAAAGAACAUGCCAAACUGAUCAAGUCGGAGUACGAAUUGCUUGAGAAAGACAACGAUCUAAUCUACCACGAUAUGGUUCCAAACGCAUCCACCUUACCGGACAUCAAGCCUAUGGAUAGUGCUAAGGCAAUUGGUCUUGGGGAUCAGAGAAUUUCGGACAUCGUUGGCAAGGAUUUGUUCGACAGGAUUGUUCCCUUGAAAGUUCACGAGCAGUCGAGUAUGUACUCUGAGGAGGUUGCCAAGCUACUCAGGGCCGAAAGCGAGAAAUGCGAGCUGGCUGAUCUUGAGCUCAGUUCCACGCUCGAAUUCCUCCAGCUCCCAAAAUCGCUUGUCGAUCUUCGUCUUCUGCUAGAAGAGCCAAACAGCAACGGAAGCAGCGAGGUCGAUUCAGACUCCAUUGAUGCGCGAGUGGUCCAAGGAGCAGCGGCCAUCAUGAACGAACCUGUGGACACUUCAAGGUCUGCAAGUCUUAGAGCACAGGUACAAAGCAAUGUUGAUACUUGUGACAGGCUUGUUGCUCAGGAAGCUCACAAAUACGACUCGAACAAAACCAAGUAUGGCACAGCCUGGGUACAGGAACAGUAUCCCGCUGCCCUGAUGAAUCUGAAGCAAGAUCUCGCCCGCGCUAAAAAAUCUCUGUUGGAUGCUGGUGAGACUGAUCGAAAGAUUGGUGCAAUCUACAAUAAGAUCAAACUGGACAUAGAUAUUCUGAGCAAAGGUAUAUCUAGUCCGGAGGUGGCUCGUGAGUACAACAAAAGCACCAAGGAGCCCGAAUCUCUGCUGGACAUGGACGACGAGCCGGUGAAUGUGGCCGGUUCGAGAGACAAGCUGGGCAAAGUCGAUAACAAGCUGCAAGAGCUGAGGUAUCUUCAGAAAGAAAGAUCCAACACCUAUGAGGAUUUGAAGGAGAAAGCUCACAAUGACGAUAUCUCGAAGUCGCUGAUCAUGAAUCGGAACACGGCCCAGAUAGAGGACAUUUUCGAGGCCGAGCUGGCAAAGUUCCGACCAUAUCAGGAAAGAAUAGCUCUGACAGUCGAAAAACAGAUUCCAUUGAUCAACGAUCUUAAAAAAGCAAUGAACGAAGUGUUGGAUGACUCUACGGUGAAAUAUAGGCUCAAGAAGCGCGAGUCUUCAAAGAGCACUACACAGGUGGUUAACGCGCGGUUUCUCAACUCAAUUGAGCAGUGGAAUACAUACAAAAGCGGUGUUGCUGAAGGCGAAGCUUUCUAUGAACGGUUGCUCACUUUCACCUCGAACUUGCGGUUUGCCCUAGAAAAGCUGGUAAGUGAGCGUAGCAACGAGGCAGAUAAGCUUGUUCACCAGAUAGAGGUAAACGGACCACAACGAGACCAGGACCUGCUGCGGCAGCAAUUUGAAAGGUUCAGCUUGCAGAACCAGGCCCCUGCCGCACAGUACAGCCAGCCAGGCAGUUUUGCUUCUUCGUUCUCUUCUCCGGCAGGAUCAUUCUCGAGUCCGUCGGCGGCACCACCACUGCCUUCGAAGCCCACCACCGGCACGGAUUUCUACAGCACUCCGUCUGCCUAUGAUCCGUCUCUCUAUUCGCAGUUCAACAGGAGAGUGUAA